AUGUCAUCAUCGUCAUCCGCCGCAACAUACAGCGACUGCGUCGCCUCGCUGCGCACCUCACUCUCCUUCCUCGAAUCCUCCGUCGCGACCCUCGGCGCAGGCGUGCAAGACUUCCCCCGGCUCUCAUCCAUUCUCAAGACCGUUCGCCACUACGAAUUAAUCCCCCAACCCACCCUCGCGGCCGCCGAGGCCUCGCUGCACGACGAGAUCGGGCCCUUUGUCGCCCUCCUCCUCGACCGCGCAGACAAGCACCUGGAGCGGCAGGCCCGGCGCAUCGAGACGCUCAAGGCGCGCGCGGAUUUGAACGCCGGCCGGCUGUCGCACUACCCUCCUCCUCCUGCUUCUUCUUCCUCGGGACAAGAAAUUGGUGGUGGUAGGAGUGGUGGGAGUAAGAAUCUUGCGGGUGCUGCAAAGGGACAGGGCAAGGAAAGGGGUGGUGGGAAACAAGGAGGGGGAGGAGGUAGGAGGCCGCUCGACGGCGGGGCGGCGCUCCGGGCCAAGGUGGUGCGCCAGCGCAAGGAGGCGCUCAAGUACAGUGUCGAGCGGCUCGAGUUGGAGGUGUUGCAGAAGGAGCGGGAACUGCGGAUGAGGUUGGAACAGGCGUGA